CUGCUCCACUAGACACAAACCACUCUCUGGCUUGCGCUGCUAGACUGCCACAUUCCAGUAUUUACCUGUGGCAACUGCCUUGAGUGGGCUCUGGGAAGCAUGGAUGCAUCAGCUGCAGCGAGAAAUCAGUUCAGAGUUUAGCUGAUAGCCAAGAAAGUUGGUGUUCAAGCAGUUCAACGGCUGUGCUGCAGAGAAGAAGGCCGGGUAGGGCAGCCGGACAAUCUUUUAUUUCCAGGGCAUGCGUCUUCACGAGCAGGAGAACAUUGGCAACAGUUGAAGGCGAGCAAUUGCCAACAGGGACCAAGACAAUUAGAGCCAGUCAAAAGAAUUAUUAGAAAGUUUGUGUGGAAGAAAAGUAUGACCAGAACUCAGGAAGAGCAGAAAGAGUAGGAAUACCAGUAUAAUUUACGAUCACUACAUUAUCUAUCGGAAGAACAAUAUACUCACGGGCUGCAGAAGAGGUACAAGCAAAAAUAAAUUGCAGACAGUGCCAAGUGUUAAGGGCAAACGAGGACUCGAUAUUGAAAAAAAUCAUGUACUGGACUCGAUAUUGAAAAAAUCAUGAAGGGCAACUUCAAUCUAACGAAUCAACAAAUGCUGGACUCGAUAUUGAAAAGAUCGUGUACCUGCCUAUAUUGCCAAGCGUUAAGGGCAAAUUCAAACUAUCAACCAGCACAAGUGACAGAAUCAUCAGUUAUAGACAGUGCAAUAAUGGCUGACCGGAUGAUGAAACGAAGACGACGGGAUGAAUUAACAAGAACAGCACGAAUGAAGAGGAAAGCACAAAUUCAACUCAAGAAGAGCAGCAAACGUGCUAGAACCAAUAACAGUGAAAUAGGCAAGGAUGAUAAUUCCAAUGCCAUUAAGAUAUGGAACUUUGGGGGGCCAACAUACAUCUGCGAACACUGCCAUGCACUUAUGUGGCAUGAAGAAAGACUACAAUCUUAUGGAUGUAGAAAGCCAACCUUUGGGAUAUGCUGCAAACGAGGACAGGUUAUCUUGCCACCAUUGAAAGAACCGCCACCAUACCUUACGAGUUUGUUGACAAGAGAUGGAGGAAAAAGAUCAGCAAACUACCGAAAAAACAUUAGGUCUUACAACUCCAUGUUUGCAUUCACAUCAAUGGGGGGAACUCUAGAUAAGCAAAUAAAUAAAGAGCGUGGACCUUAUGUUUUCCGACUGAAUGGCCAGAACCGCCACCAGAUAGGCACCCUGCUACCUCAAGAAGGAAAUAAGCCUCGUUUCCAGCAGUUGUAUAUCUAUGACACGAAUAAUGAGAUCCAGAACAGGGUAGAAGCAUCAAGAUCUGGUGAACGUGAUGCCUCACUAGAUGAAACAAUUGUCAGUGGCCUACAGAGCAUGCUCGACGAGAAUAACACACUAGCACAAUCAUUCCGAAUGGCAAGAGAUAGAUUUAAAGAAGAUGACUACAACAACUUCACUCUAAGUUUACUUGGCAACAGGGAUCAAGAUGGGAGACAAGAUAACAUGCCAUCAACAUCGGAAGUUGCUGCACUGAUGGUCAAAGAUCCAACCCAAAAACAUUAUGGGCGUGACAUUGUUCUCGAGUACAAAGAUAUGAAACCUAAAAGGAUUUCAGAAAUCCAUCCAAAAUUCAUGGCCAUGCAAUACCCGUUGCUCUUCCCAUAUGGAGAAGAUGGUUAUAGACUUGGAAUCAAAUACAACAAAAAUAAAGGUGUGAGUAACAAGAAAUAUAUCACCAUGCUGGAAUACUAUGCAUAUUAUCUCCAACAGCGCCCAGGUCAGUCAAUGUUGCUGCUAACAUGUGGAAAUCUAUCAAUGCAGUUCGUGGUAGAUGUCUAUACAUGCAUCGAACAGUGUAGACUCAGUUGGAUCAGAAAAAAUCAAGGAAAAUUAAGAACAGAACUUUAUGAUGGACUACAGGACGCACUCAGAAAAGGAGACACACUGACAGAGCAAGUAGGGAGGAGAAUAGUACUCCCAGCAAGUUUCACAGGAAGUCCUCGAAACAUAGAGCAGAACUACCAAGAUGCGAUGGCAAUAUGCCGUUGGGCUGGACAUCCUGACUUGUUCGUAACAUUCACAUGCAACCCUAAUUGGCCUGAGAUUCAGUUGAUGCUAAAUGAAGCAGGGAACCAGAAACCAGCAGAACGACCUGAUAUUGCAGUUCGAGUGUUCAUGAUAAAACUAAAAGAGCUCAUGUUUGAUAUUAAAAGUAAACAACAAUUUGGAAAGACUAAAGCAAUCAUCUUCACAAUAGAAUUCCAGAAGAGAGGACUCCCACAUGCCCAUAUACUAAUAUUCCUUGACGGAAAAGAGAAAGGGAAGCGUCUCAAGCCCUCACAAACAGAUGAAAUUAUAUGCGCUGAAAUCCCAGACAAGGACAAGGAUCCAGAAACAUUUGAAGCUGUCAAGAAUUUUAUGAUGCACGGACCAUGUGGAGAAGCAAAUCCAAAGUCACCCUGCAUGGAAAAACAUAUGUGCAGUAACUACUUUCCAAAAGAAUUCUGUGACGAGACGAUCGUUGAUGAAGACAACUUCCCGAGGUACAGGAGACGAGAUAAUGGCCGCCAGAUAGAUAAGGGAGGAGUCAAGUUGAACAAUGGAUCUGUUGUACCAUACAACAAAGAUCUCCUGGUAAAAUUCCAAGCACACAUAAAUGUGGAGUUGUGUAAUCGAUAUAUGUCAAUCAAAUACCUCUUUAAGGAUAUCCGUCAAGGAGAUAACCAAGCAACAGCACUGGUUGAAGAAACAGACCAAUCAAAACACAAUGAUGAGAUUAAAAUGUACCUUAGAUGCAGAUACAUAACAGCAACUGAAGCAUGCUGGCGAAUAUUCAAGUUUCCUCUACAGUACCAGCAACCAUCUGUUCAGAGGCUAAUGUUCCAUGAGGAGAACAAGCAACAAGUCAUUUUUCCUGACUCAACAAACCUAGAAGAAAUAAUACAGCGGCCAAGAUCAAGUAUCACUAUGUUUACUGAGUGGAUGGAGACAAAUAAAAAACACAAAGAUGCGAGAGAAUUAACAUAUUUGGAGUUUCCUACAAGAUGGACAUGGGAUAGGACAAAACAGAAGUGGACAAGGCGGAGAGCAGGAAGGAACAUCGGCAGGAUAUACAAUGCUCAUCCUGCAAGCGGAGAAAGGUACUAUCUCAGAGUUCUCCUCAACACUGCAAAGGGUUGCAUGACAUUUGAAGAUAUCAGGACUGUCAACGGAAUCGUGCACUCAUCAUACAAAUCAGCAUGUCAUGCGCUAGGAUUUCUUGAGGAUGACAAGGAGUGGACUGAGUGCAUCAAGGAAGCAUCAGAAUGGGCAUCUGGGGUGCAACUACGCCAAUUGUUUGCAACUAUUUUGUGCUAUUGUGAGGUUACUGACUCAGGGAUGUUAUGGGAAUCCAACUGGGAGAAACUCUCUAAAGACAUACAGCACACACCAAGCUGGAUUACAAACUUUCCACACCCCUUCACUCCUUCACACAACAGAAAAUGCACUUUAACAGAAAUUGAGAAGCAAAUGGGACAAGCUGGAAGAUCACUAAAGGAUUACCCUGGAAUAGAGAUACCAAACAUGUCUGAGUUAAAUGAAAUAGAGAACAGGCUUAUAAAUGAAGAAAUGAACUACGAUAAAGACAAGUUGAAGGCUGAACACGUGCAAAUAGUGGAAAAUCUAAAUUUAGGUCAGAAGAAGGCCUUCGAUGCAAUAAUAGAAUCAGCAGAUCAAUCAUUAGGGAAGAUAAUAUUCGUGGAUGGCUAUGCCGGGACAGGUAAGACAUACCUUUGGAAAGCUAUCACUACAAGGCUAAGAUCGGAGGGGAAAAUCGUACUCGCAGUUGCAUCUUCUGGCAUCGCAGCGCUUCUGCUUCAAGGAGGUAGAACAGCACACUCAGCAUUCAAUAUUCCAAUCAACCUGACAGGUCAAUCUACAUGCUACAUCAAACAAGGUUCCGAGGUGGCUAAUCUAUUAGUGAAGACGUCACUAAUACUAUGGGACGAAGCUCCAAUGGCAAACAAAAAAUGCUUCGAAGCACUUGACAAGAGCCUAAGAGAUGUGCUCAGGUUCACCAAUGAGAAUAGUUGCAACAAGCCCUUCGGCGGCAUGACAGUUGUUCUAGGAGGGGACUUCCGACAAAUCCUCCCUGUUGUGCCAAAGGGAAGAAGGGAGCACACUAUAAGUGCGUCAAUCAAAUGCUCAUACCUCUGGCAACAUUUCAAGGUAUUCAACCUUACUAAAAACAUGCGGCUCAAUUCUCUGUGCAAUGAUCAAGCAGAGAAGCAGAAGACUGCGGAAUUUGCAGAAUGGAUACUACAGAUCGGUAAUGGAGACGCAUGUUUAUUAGAUGAAAAGGAGUAUGUAAGUAUCCCCAGUGACCUGCUGCUACAAAACGGAGAUGAUCCGAAAACAAAAAUCAUCCAAAGUACCUAUCCUGACCUCCAAGACAAUUUCUGCACACGGAAGUUCCUGGAAGAAAGGGCGAUAUUGUGUCCAAUGAACAAGACUGUCGAAGAGAUCAAUGAGAAUAUUAUGGGUCAAAUCCAAGGUGACAGGGUGACAUACCUGAGCUGUGACAGUGUGAGCAGAUCGAUGUCUUACAACAAUGAAAUGGAAUUGUUGUAUACUACAGAGUUUCUAAACAAGUUAAAGCACCCAGGAUGUCCAGAUCACCUACUUGAGCUCAAAGUCGGUCUGCCAGUGAUGCUUCUCCGCAACAUCAAUCAAAGCGCAGGGCUAUGUAACGGUACUAGAAUGACAAUCACAAAACUUGGAAAAAGAGUCAUCGAAGCGCAGAUCAUAACUGGAGCGCACGUCGGUAGUAAGGUAUGCAUCCCUCGGAUGACCACAGUGACAUUCGAGCCUAAAUGGCCAUUUGUACUACAAAGAAAGCAAUAUCCUCUGUCCGUGUGCUUCGCAAUGACAAUCAACAAGAGCCAGGGACAAUCUUUGAAUAAGGUCGGCCUCUACUUGCCCAGGCAAGUUUUCACUCAUGGGCAACUCUAUGUGGCGGUCUCCAGAGUAACAAACAGGCAUGGCCUGAAGAUCCUGAUCGCCGGCGACGAUGAAGAACACGCAAGCAAAGGGAUGGCGAAGAACAUAGUGUACAAGGAGAUCUUCUGAAAUGCCUAUCUGUAGCAGUGUCGUACUGUUCUAUGUAUUAAAUAAAGUUAGGUAUCUUCUAAAAUGCCUAUCUGUAGCAUUGUAGUACUGUUCUAUGUAGUAAGUUAUGUCAAGACUGGCCGUGAUGCACUUCCGGCCAUCAGUAAGCUAGUGUUCUACAGCACGGUUGCAGCGCAACUGAUGCCAAGACUCUAAAC